AUGUCCUUUGUUUGUAGGGAUUCAGGCAUAAAUGAGCAUUUGUCAUUUGACUCUUCUAGUGCAUUUCCAGCAUACUGUGCCUUGGGCGUGACACAUCAGAGUCCAGUGUUUAUCUUUUAUUACGUGCCAGACCCCUCUGGAAAGAGCCUCCAUGGAAUUCAUCAUCCGCAGUGUUUGGUUCAGGAUACGAGAGAUGAAAGUAAUGAGACUGAAGCCAGCAGGAUGAGUAAAUUAAGAAGAACAAGAAAGAAAGUCACAAAACAUGUUUUCUCAACUGAAGUAGGAGAAAUGGAUAUAUCCAACUCAAAAGAAAGGAUCAGAAACCAAAUGGUGUGCCACAAGUUGGAGGAUGUGAGCAAACCAGUUGUGGGAGCUGGCUCCGCAGACUCCUGUCGGCCAAAAGAUGACAAGGACUCCGAGAAUCAGACAACAGGGAUAAAACCAUCACCCCUCAAAACGGCAGCCAGUGCUCCUUGUCGUGAAUUUAACACAAACUCCAACCAUACCGAAAACACCAGGGACGGCACUCAAAUUCCGACCACACCUCAUCUCUCCUCUAGAAUGAAGCACAUUAAACAAGAGAUGGCCAAAAAUCAUCUUCAGUUUGUGCGAUUUGAAGCAACAGACCUCCAUGGUGUGUCCAGAUCUAAGAGUAUCCCUGCACACUUUUUCCAAGAAAAAGUGAUCCACGGCGUCUGCAUGCCCCGAGGUUAUCUGGAACUGAUACCGAAUCCUAAGGAUGAUGAAGUGGAUCACAUAAGAGCAACGUGUUUUAAUAGUGACAUCGUCCUGAUGCCGGAGCUCUCAACCUUCCGGGUUCUGCCAUGGGCUGAGCGAACUGCCAGAGUGAUAUGUGACACGUUCACUGUGACUGGUGAGCCUCUUUUGACUUCCCCACGGUACAUCGCCAAAAGGCAGCUGAGCCAGCUGCAGGACGCUGGCUUUUCCCUGCUCUCUGCCUUCAUCUAUGAUUUUUGCAUUUUUGCUGUGCCCGAAAUUAUCAAUUCAAAGACCAUCUCUUUCCCUGCUUCAACACUGCUAAAUAAUCAUGACCAGCCUUUCAUCCAGGAGCUUGUUGAUGGUUUGUAUCACACUGGAGCCAAUGUCGAGAGUUUUUCCUCCUCCACCAGGCCCGGUCAGAUGGAAAUCUGUUUUUUGCCUGAAUUUGGCAUCAGUGCAGCUGAUAAUGCAUUCACCCUCAGAACAGGUGUCAAAGAAGUGGCGAGGAAAUAUAAUUACAUCACCAGUUUUUUCAUCGAGACCGGAUUCUGCAAUUCAGGAAUUUUGUCUCACAGUCUCUGGGAUGUCGGGGGGAAGAAAAAUAUGUUUUGCAGCAAUUCUGGAGUCGAGGAGCUCACGAUCACCGGGAAAAAAUGGUUGGCAGGGCUCUUGAAGCACUCUGCAGCUCUCAGCUGCCUGAUGGCUCCUGCUGUUAGCUGCCGGAAGCGAUAUUCCAAGGAGAGUAAAGACCUCAAGGAGAGUGUGCCUACAACAUGGGGAUACAAUGACAACAGCUGUGCUUUUAAUAUCAAGUGUCACGGUGAGAAAGGCAGCCGAAUAGAAAAUAAACUGGGCUCCGCGACUGCAAAUCCAUACCUGGUGCUGGCAGCGACGGUUGCUGCGGGCUUGGAUGGACUUCAAAGCAGUGAUGGUGUCCUGGCCGGUCCCAAUGACAGCACGGACUUCUGUCAGGCCAAAUCUGCCGAGAUCCCUUUGAAACUGGAAGACGCUCUUAUAGCACUGGAGGAAGAUCAGUGUCUGAGACAGGCCCUGGGGGAAACUUUCAUUUGCUACUUUGUUGCCAUGAAAAAAUAUGAGCUGGAAAAUGAAGAAACAGAUGCUGAGAGAAAUAAAUUCUUAGAAUAUUUUAUUUAG